UAGGGGUGGAGUAAAUUAAACAGGUGGUUGAGGUGGGAAGCAGUAAAUCCAUGCAAAUGCUGCAGAAAGAGGUCCAGAAUCUGGAAGAUCCAGAAAGUUUUGUGCGAGUCCACAAGUCAAUACAUAGGGACAAACAAUUAGCAUAACAGGUCCCCUUCUAUAUUUUGACUUUAUUCUCGUGAAAUUACAGAUGUUUUUCCAUUAAUGCUCUUGUACUUCAAGUACUUGUACUUGUACUUUCAAAUGUAUGAUGUUUUUUUUAAUAUUCUUCUCUUAAUUAUGACCUUACUCACAUAAGAUUUAGACUUUAUUCUUGUAACACUGUAGCUUUUUCCACAACCUAAUUAUUUUAUACCUUAACUGACUGGCAUGUGUGGCAUGUGGUGAACUAGGCGACUGCCAAGUAGGGGUGUGCGAUACUGCUAGAUUCGGUAUCUAUUUGGUAUUGACCCGAUAUCGAUCCUGUGUUUUUAUUUUUGAGCUUAGCAAAGUUCAUUUCUAUGUUGCCAUGUGAAAUUGAUGUAGGAAGUAAUUUCCGGUAAUGCUUAGGAUACAACAAAAUACUGUAAGUAUUACAUGUUGUCAUGAGCGUACCUGUUACGACAUGAUUCCAGCAUAUACCUAUAUAACAAAGAGUUGUCUCUUUUUAUCUGUUUCUAUAGCUUUAUAACUCAGACAAAAGAGAAAAAUGUGUGUUCAUGUGUCAUAUACGGAUUAUGGAUGAUAGAGAAAAUAAUUUUGAUGGGUUGACAAAAAAUUUAGAUGACAUACUUACUAUAUAUAUACGUAAGUACUGCAAUUGUUUACAUCAUGGAUAUAUAUGCCAUACAUCCCAAACAGGAAGUCAUGCUCUAUGUUGUUACACUAACUAACAUCAUGUCUCGGAUUCAGUGACCGAUAUCAGCUGUUGAACCUCAAUGGUGACACUGAUCAGGCAUAAGAUUGAGAUACUAUAAUAUUUAGGAGGUACAAAGUCCAAACUGUGAUUAAAAUGCUGCUGCGUCAACUUCAGCUCCUCGCGGAUGUUUGUGUUGAACAUUCAUUCAGUUUCCGGCAUGACAAUGUUUACUUAUCAGACAAGGAGUGCAAACAAGUGAAGGAAUUCAAUGUACUUCCCAUCAGUGUAUUUCUUUUGGAGUACCAGUACUCAAAGAGAUGUGUUUCCAGCAACACUAGCUCUAGCCAAAAAACACUAGCCAAAAAAACAUCACAGAUUAAUGAAAACGUGUUCAUAUAAUUUCAAUACCACUUUAUACUUCCUUAUAUACUGUAAGUGUGCACUAAGAUAUGAGAAAAUGCUGAAGAUGGGAAAUAAAAUCGUAUUUCUUUGUCAGGUGUACAGUAUCCUCCCACAUUCCAAAAACAUGUUUGUUAGGUUAAUUAAAGUGUAAUUGUCUGUAGGCGUGAGUGCAAGUGUAUUGGUGUGUGCCUCUCUCUAUAUAUAUGUGUCAGCUCUGGCAGUAAAGGUGGCGUGAACUCCAGCUUUCCAUAAACCUGGAUAGGACAAUGGAUGGAAAAAUACAAGGUAAGGCUAUGAAUGCUUUCGCUUUCCAUUGACACCUCUUGUGACCUAUAAAGUUGAACUAGUAGGCGGAGAAACAUCAGAGGGAGAGGGAGGAAGUGGUGAAGAAGCGCUCAGGUGAAUGCAGUGUUUGGUUUAUGACCACAAUCAGCCUGCCGCAGAGUUUGUAUCGUCUCACCUUGCCUCUCAAGGGGGAUUGGCUAAACAAUCCUUCUCAACUGGGAUCAAGAUGGAUUUGUGAGCUAAAGACAAACUCAAAUGCUGAAGGACCCUCAGAACACAGAAAGCUGGACCCAGGACUGACGGCUCUGCAAAACUCUAAGUGGGUAGUUGCAGUAUAUGGACUUGUUUUGUGGAUGACUCUGCUUGAAUCUUUUCUCUACACAGAUGCUAUACGAGAAAAUGCAGUGCCGGUAAUGUCAGUUCGAGGUCAAUAACAGCAUCAUUGAGGGGAAAGAGGAACCUCAUCCAGGAACAACAUCCAGACUUCCCCCUUGUAAAGGUCUACCAGUACGGAAGAUGUCAGCCAGUAAGACAACCAAUGCAGGAAGAAGAACUCCAGUCUUCAAGGUGUCAAAGAAUAUUAAAAAGCCAACAGCUGCUGCCCUGAAAGGUGCCAUUCAGCUGGGCAUCGGUUACGCUGUGGGAAACCUCAGCUCCAAACCUGACCGAGAUGUUCUUAUGCAAGACUUUUCUUUGGUGGAGAGUGUCUUCUUGCCAAGUGCGGGCAGUAGCCUGACUCCAGCACAUCACUACCCAGACUUCCACCUGAAAACAUAUGCACCUCUGGCAUUCCGCUACUUCAGAGAGCUCUUUGGUAUCAAACCAGACGAUUACCUGUACUCCAUCUGUAACGAGCCUCUGAUCGAGCUGUCCAACCCCGGUGCCAGCAGUUCUUGGUUCUACCUUACAAGUGAUGAUGAGUUCAUCAUCAAGACUGUGCAGCCCAAAGAGGCGGAGUUCCUGCAGAAGCUGCUUCCUGGCUACUACAUGAACCUGAACCAGAACCCAAGGACUUUAUUGCCGAAGUUCUAUGGCCUUUACUGCAUCCAGUGUGGCGGUUUCACUGUCCGUGUGGUUGUGAUGAAUAAUGUGCUGCCACGUGCCAUGAAGAUGCACUACAAGUACGACCUGAAGGGCUCGUCGUACAAACGCCGUGCCUCGCACAAGGAACGCACCAAGUCUUCGCCCACGUUCAAAGACUUGGACUUCCAGGAGCUACAUGAAGGCUUGCUGUUUGAUGCGGAGACCUACAACGCAUUAAUGAAGACUCUACAGAGAGACUGCAGGGUUCUAGAGAGCUUCAAGAUCAUGGACUACAGUCUUUUGCUGGGGAUCCACGUUUUGGAUUGCAAACUGUUCAGCAGGGGGAGCAGAUGCGACAGCAGAAAAGGACAAAAAGUUCUCUACUCGACCGCCCUGGAGUCCAUCCAGGGGACUGUGAAGGACCCAGAACCAGUGGCAAAUGACGACACAUUGGGUGGAAUCCCUGCCAAACAUAAAGAUGAAAAGCUGCUAAUCUUUUUGGGAAUCAUUGACAUCCUUCAGUCGUACAGGUUCAUUAAGAAGGUGGAACAUUCCUGGAAAGCACUUUUACACGAUGGGGACACCGUGUCGGUUCACAGGCCUAAUUUUUAUGCGGACAGAUUUCUGAAAUUCAUGGGAACGGUCGUAUUCAAACGCAUCCCUCACUUAAGAGGAGCCUCUUCCAAAAGGAAGAAGAAUUCUUUUGGUGCGGUUCGGUCUGCCUCUCAGGAGUUGCCAUGUCUGCAGAAAGUGAAGCAAGAAAAGGAGAAGAAAGCUCAAAGCAUGGAAAACCUGGAUGUUUCCAGUUUAUCCAAGCCAGCUGAUCUUCUGCCAAGGGCAGUAGUUUCUUUCAUAUCUACUGAUGAAGAGCACCUUGAAAACAGUAAAGACAGACGGGCUUCCAGUUCAACGAUCGCACUGGAUGAUCCUUUGCCAUCCCUCACCAGAAGCCAGUCAGACACUGAACUGGAUGUCUACUUGGUAUGAAAAAUACAGAAUAUGCUGUAUCUACAUGCAUGCCUUUUUCAAGGAUUUGGCCCCAACCUUUUUUGGGACAACGGACAAACAAGACAUCCUUGCUAGAUGAAUGGGGGACAGAGGGAUACGCUGCAAUAUAGUUGGAACCUAUCACAACGGCAAACUAAAAGGAAACAAUUUGCGGUAGGAGUGUCCAAACCUGUUUUCUUUUAAUUUUGUAAAAGGCAAAAAAAACAGGGCGACCAGUCCAGGAUGUAAGACAGCUGGGAUAGGCUCCAGCAUACCCUAGUGAAGACAGGCAGUAUAAAAAUGGAUGGAUGGAUGGCUAAUAAAAACCUGUUUGAUUAUUAGUACCAACAUUUCAGCUUCUUUUUAUAUUUUGCCUUUUUGCUCUAUUUUUGCUGUUUUAUGGGUUUAAUUCUAUUGAAUUUAAUACAAUUCUGGAGGCACCUGGGGGUGCAAAUGAAUGACAUUUGCAGGUUGACCAACUGAGUAGUACUCACACUAUGGUUCUUAAUUAUUUUGCAUCAAGCCCCCGCCUUCAGGCGACAGUGAUUUUUUUCACGCCCCUCCCCUAAAUUGAAAUACAAUAGAGAACCUGAUAUUUAUUUAUAAACACAAUGUAACAAGUUUUAUUAGCUCAAUUUUUAACAUUUAAGCAAGCUUUAAGGUCAGUCCUUGUGACUCUCAAAAUGUUUUUCCUGGAUUUUAUCAUUUUUUUCCCCCAUUCUCCUGCUGUCUCUGUCUCACUCAUCCACAGUCAGCUCUGUACAACGGUGGUCCUCUUCUCCUGGGUUGAACAGACAGCCUCUUCAUUAGUUUGAGCAUUGCUGCCACCUAGCUGGAGGAUUCAAGCAUGAAUACCAUACAUGCAGACAAUGCAUGAAGACACUGAUACCAAAAAAAAAAACACCCAUGAGUGCAGAGGUGCAGACUUAUACAAUGGCUGUAAUGCAACCACUGUGUGCAGACUCAUAAUGAUAACAGCCACCAUUAUAAAAUUAAAAUACAAAGACUCACUGUAGGUCGAAACUCGGUUACAUGAUGUGCAAUGUGGUUUCCGCCCUGGUUGUGGAACACUUGUCCAGCUCUGUCCAGGAAUUCUAGUAUCAGGAUCUUGUUCGCUGGCGUGGGAGAUUAAUUGACGGAGCUUCUGCAGUGAUGCAGUAGCUGUACCGGAUCACUGUGAUGAAGAGAAAGCAAAGCUCUCACUUUAUACCUGUAGAUCUACAUUCCUACACUUACCUACUGUAUGUUCACAACGUUCGGACAGUACCAGUGACCUAAACAGCAAGGUUAUGGAUACAAAAUGUAUUUCCUCGUUUGGGUCGGUGGACUUUCCUUAACAGGUUAGAUGAGAAUCUUGGUCACUUGGGAGGAGCCAAUUGAGUUGGUUGGAGCAUCUAGUCUUGACACCUCCUGGACUCCUCCCUGCUGAGGUGUCUCGGUCAUGCCCAGCCAGGAAGAACCCCCCUCAAUCUCCCCGGUGGAAAUGGCGAAAAUGGCCAGAGGCAGGGAAAUAUUGUCUUCUCAACUGAGACUGCUGCCCCCACAACCUAGACUUGGAUAAGUUGAGGAAAAUGGAUGGAUGGAAGGCUUUUAUUCACGUAAAACAGGUGGAAAUGGAGUCCCCAAAAGCAAUGCACAUCCAAGAGAUCUCCAGUCUAAGUACACGUUUUAUUCCUAGGAUGGCAGUGUAAAUCGAGUUUAAGUAUAAGUCAGAACUUCUAAAAUAUACAUCUAAGUCACUCACGCUGUACACAGUAUUUCAUUCCAAGGGAGGCAGUCUCAAUGAAUGCUGCUUAGUCCAUUUCAUAGGAGCAGAUCCUUUCACAUGUUCAAAGAUACCAUCUACGUAUGGUGAUGGUCGCAGCGUUUGAACGACAUGGACUGUGCAUAGAGACAAUACUGGCCAUUGUUUCGCCACUUUUCCACGUUUCUAAACAUAAUGUUUUCAUAUAAUGUCAUGGUGUAUUAAUACAAAAACCUUGUGACUUCGCAAAGGGCCAAAAGAUCAGACCCACUGAACAAGAUCAGAGGGGUCUUGAAAAAUUUGACUUUUUUUUUUUUUUUAACACACAUGGCACAUCAACAAACAUGGACAAACAUGAUUGGGACAGCUACAUAGAUAUGAAAGGAAAAAAUUACAUUCAGGUCAAGUAGCAGCAGAGCCCUAGGCUGAAUUCACUUUUAUUUUGUAUGCUUUUUGUUAAGCUCACCUGGGCCCUUUUUGCCGUCAAAUAAAUACAUACAUUUAUACUAACUAUGACUCAAAUUCAAUUUAUACAACAGAAUCAAGGAUGCACUAUGGUAAAUAAAAAAAAGCCAUAUUGCUUUUUUUCAA